GGGUCGACCCGUGCCUAAUGUACGUGUCACUGAACUAAUCCUGACUCGUCGGUCAACGGUGUGCUAACAGCCCCGUCUUGGGACAACACUUCAUCCCUUGAUGCCCACAAAUCCAAGCAAAGACAAAUUCUUCAUUUAAUACCACGCAUCCAAAGUCUGUCAGCAGCAGGAAUUAAGCAUCCACUCCUCCGUUUAACACUCAGAUCUAUCCCUCUUGUUGACAAGACAAAAAUGCAGUCGCUUCGUUGUAGAAAACAACUCGUCUUGCCGUCACGCGAUUACAUCUGCGAUGCGCAUCGGACAGUUGCACUUGAUGCCGAGGGCGAGUUGUGAUCGCUGGUGCCAACAGACGGAGAAGGAGUAAUUAUGUCAACAGUGAAUGAUACGGAGGAUGUAAUGUACUACACAGGGGCACAGGAUCGGAACAUUUGUCCUUCCAUGGAAUUUAGGUAUAAUCUCACUAACGAGCUGGAUGCUGAAUGGUUCGUGGGAACAUUUUCCUACAGCUGGACCGACACUGUAGUGCACACCAUCAUUCUACCGUUUAUCCUGAGUGCUGGAUUACUGGGAAACUUUGCAUUUUUGUUCGUGGUAUCCCGGAUCGAGUGGAUGCGCACCAUCACCAAUUGCUACCUGGUGAAUCUAGCUCUAGCUGACAUGACGUUCCUGGUGGUCUCGAUCGGGGAGAAGCUCCACCAGUACACCCGGACCCCGUUCGUCUACGAUGACCUGCCCAAGGGCGCGACCGGCUGUGUCCUGGUGCCCUUCGCCAAGGACUUCUGUUUUUUCUCCUCCAUCCUCCUGGUGACUUGCAUCUCAGUGGAGCGGUUCAACGCGGCCUGCCGGCCCUUAAAGCAGAGGCGGAACAAGGGAGCCAAGCUACGGGCCCGGACGGCUAAGCUGACCGCCAUGGCUUGGGUCCUGUCCCUCGCUAUGGCCAGCCUCCGUAUAUCCGCCUCCUGCUGCCAGUACCGAGUCUACUGCCUCAUAUGGCCCGACACAGACGCCUACUUGGAUUACACUAGAGAGGUUGGAGAGUGCAGACCUGCCGCCGAGUGGGUAGCAACCGUCGCAAAGAGCAUCCAACUCGUCCUGUUCACUGUAGCCAUGGGGGUCAACACCGCACUCUACGUCCGGAUCACCCGGGCUGUGCAGUGCACCAAGGCCCGCCCCAACGCCCGCCACCAUAUCCCCUGCAGUGGUAGCACCUCGGCCAUCGAGGCCAAGAUCACUCGCAUGGUGGUAGCCACUGGAGUCAUCUUCUUCCUCUGUCUCGCCCCGUACGAGCUCUUCUCGGCGCUGGUCAUGGUCCUGCCGACCUUCGACGGCAACAUGGUGUCGGCCAUGCAGGUCUGCCGGAUGCUGAUGCAUCUCAACUCGGCAAUCAACCCCUUCAUCUACAACGUGGCCAACCCUCGCUACAGGAAGGCCUUCCGGCUAGCUUUUACCAAUACCCGGGCAGCAAGGACCAGAGAAUUCCGCGAGAGUGUUAGGGAAACCCAGCACGGCAGGUUCAAAAACCCUAACCAGUCUUCAACUGUGUCUACUGUCCCCAAAAGGAGGACUCAAGGCCAAUCUACGCAGGCAGCAAAUAGUGUCACAAAGAUGUAAAAAUAUAUUUGCCAGGAUAUAAAUUCUAGAGUCACUAAAUUUGCCAGCAAAUUCCUCCAAAGUCUAUGUUUUCUACGUUAGUAGGCCUACGUG